AGCGGUCAUACUGCGUCGGCCAUUUGUCUUUGUGAGCGUGACAGGAAAAAGUUCUGUGAAAAUCGAACAAGAAUUUCAGCGAGCAACUCAACCACAUCGUCUGAUUUAAACUGGAAAAAAUGGGAUCCCGCAACGAGUGCCGCAUAUACGUGGGCAACCUACCGCCAGACAUCCGCACGAAGGACAUCCAGGAUCUGUUCCACAAGUUCGGCAAAGUUACAUUUGUGGACCUAAAGAAUCGGCGUGGGCCGCCAUUUGCUUUUGUUGAGUUCGAAGAUGCGCGCGAUGCCGAUGAUGCGGUGAAGGCGCGCGACGGCUACGACUACGACGGGUACCGCCUACGCGUGGAAUUCCCACGGGGCGGUGGUCCGGGCAGCUAUCGCGGCGGCAACCGCAACGACCGCAGCCGCGACGGCGGUGGACGCAUGGGCGGACGCGGACCUCCGGCCAAGCGCUCGCAGUACCGCGUCAUGGUCACCGGACUGCCCGCCUCCGGAUCGUGGCAGGAUCUCAAGGAUCACAUGCGCGAGGCCGGCGACGUCUGCUUCGCGGACACCUACAAGGACGGGUCCGGCGUUGUGGAGUUCCUGCGCCACGAGGACAUGAAGUACGCCAUCAAAAAGCUGGACGACUCGCGCUUCCGUUCGCAUGAGGGCGAGGUUGCCUACAUUCGCGUUCGCGAGGAUAGCGGCGAUAACGAUCGCAGUGGUGGUGGCGGCGGUGGCAGCGGUGGAGGUGGUGGCGGCGGUGGUGGAGGUGGAAGCCGUGACUACCGCGACAGAUCUCGCUCGCGUUCGUUCUCGUCAAGACCGCGUCGUCGGGGCACACCAACCUACUCCCCAGUGCGACGUCAAUCUUAUUCCAGGUCUCGCUCUCGCUCUAACUAUUAAACACUACCAAGCAUUAUCCAUUAAUCUAUAAUAUUUCUAUGAGCAGGAAACAUUAGGAAAAGCAAGCUAAAUUAAGAAUCCCCAUUGAAUAUUUGUUCAAGACCGACCCCAUAUAUAUGCCACUUUGUAAAUUGUCUGUUCAAGCCAUCUGCAAAACAAUCAAGUUAGGUCAUUCAAAUUCCGAACUCUCAUCGAAACCGACAUACAAACCUAUUUCCAAACAAUCACUUGCUUUUCCAACUGUAUCACACGUUCUAAGAAGCAGAGAUGUUCUCUUAAAUUAUAAUCCACCGGACAUAAUUUGACAAAAACAGUUCAAAAAUGGCACUGGUAAAGCAGGGAUAUCUCUUUGGCCCCAACCCCUCGGCAUUCCUUGACUUGCUUUUGUUUUAUUUUGAGCCUUUGCCUCUGCACACUAAAAUUAUAUUAUAAACCAAACCUUGGCUGCAAAUUUACCAAGCGUAAUUUAUUAGAAUCUACCUUAACGAAAACAAGAAACAUCGAUACAGAAUAAAUAUGUCUAUAAUGAGAGAAAGAAACAGAAACCCGAACACAACGCAAUGUCAACAACAUUGAAAAACAAACUAUUAAUACUUUAAUUUUUAUUUUCUUCUCUUCCCCAUUUUGCGCGUUUAUGUUUGGAGAGUGAGGAGGAUGUGGAGGAUGAGGAUAAAUGGAGGAGGAGGAGGAGGAUAUUUUGAUGUUGAUUUUGGCGUGGAUUGGAUAAAUUUGGAUUAAAAUUAGAGGAGGCAGGACAUGUCUAUAGAUCUUAUGAACAUAGAAUGUUUAUGAGAUGGUAAUCAGGAAUGGAUUUGGAUUUAGGAUUGUUCCCUUCGCUAGGACAACGUGGGAUGCAGUGUCCCACGGCUAACUCGCACCUCGGAGGAGGAGGAGGAGGAGACAGGAAUUUCGCAUUGUUAAAAGGAUUUGUGUGUGAGCUUUGUUCGUGUUCAGGUUAACGGAUGUGUGGAGGAGGAGGAGGAUUUCAAUGACAUCGGUAACGGUGAGGAACACCUGAGUUGCCCUUGGACAGGACUAGAGCGAACAGUUUCGGACUCGGACGCAUCUCUUCGAGCCUCGCCCCUUCUUCGGCAUCCACCUAACGGUCGGGAUUAGGAUUCGCUUGGACAGACUCACACGCGUUGUUGUCGCCUUCUUCGGAUCGCACCCCAAACACUAGCUCACCCAGGGAACCGCGUAUUUCGAGGCCUUCGCGCCCCUGUCGUUAUCAUUUCACGGAUUUGCUGUGCAUCAUCCAACGUUGACUUGAGCCCAACGCUGGAUAGUGGAUAGUGGUCCUUGGUUUGGUCCGCUCCGAUUCGUUCCUGUCUCCCUCAGUCUCGCCUCUCAGUGGUAUGUUCGAUUGCCACAACUAUUUUAACUUAACUUUUAAUUUGCGUUUAUUAGUUCUUAAUUUAUAUACAAUACUUUUACCCAACUCUUUCGACUCCAUUGGUGUUGUUGCCUCCGAAAUGUGGCGAUUGUCGCGUGUGCGUUUUUGUUUUCCAUGUUUUGACUAGAAGGGCGAAAUUCCUUAGCCCCGACUAUAGCCCACACCCACUGCAUUUGCAUGAACUUUCUUUUUCCCAAUAUAUACAAUGUAAUAAUACCCACAAAAAGCAAUCUUAGACCUGAGAGCCGACAUCUCUGUGUUCUCUUUGUGCUUAUCCAUCAACCUACAGGCCAUAGUCUUUACAUAUUUUUGAAAUAUAAUCCACCUUUACAAUAAAUAUUCAUAUGAACUGAA